AUGGAGCCAAACAAUCUACAGAAAGCCAUUGCAGUUGCAACGAAGGCUUCACAGGAAGAUCAGGCUGGAAACUAUGAAGAAGCUAUUCGGUCCUAUCAACAUGCAGUCAAGUACUUUUUGCACAUCCUGAAACGUGAGCCCCAAGGCAAGGAUGGGAACCAAAAGAUACGAGACAGUUGUAAGAAAUACCUCGACAGAGUGGAAGAACUGCAAGCCUAUUUAGAUAAUAAACAGCGAUUGGCCGCUAUGGCGAACAAUAAUUUACAGAAAGCUAUUGAUCUCGCAAGCAAAGCUGCCCAGGAAGAUAAAGCUCAAAAUUUUGAUGAGGCUCUACGAUUGUAUCAAGCUGCUGUCCAGUACUUCCUUCAUGUUGUAAAAUAUGAAGCCCAGGGUGACAAGGCGAAACAGAGUAUUCGAGCAAAAUGCGCUGAAUAUCUGGACAGAGCUGAGAAAUUGAAAGAAUAUCUAAAGAAGAAAGAAAAAGCUCCUCCCUCAAAGCCUGUCAAAGAGUCUGGGAGUGAUGACAAAGGAAAUGAAAGUGAUGAAGGCGAUAAUCCAGAGAAAAAGAAGUUUGAAAAUCAGCUUUCAGGUGCCAUUGUUAUGGAGAAACCUAACAUCAAAUGGAAUGAUGUUGCUGGUCUUGAAGGAGCAAAAGAGGCUCUAAAAGAAGCUGUUAUUCUUCCAAUUAAAUUCCCACAUCUUUUUACGGGGAAGAGAACUCCAUGGAGGGGUAUUCUGCUAUUUGGACCACCAGGAACAGGAAAGUCAUACUUGGCCAAAGCUGUGGCUACAGAGGCAAACAACUCUACCUUCUUCUCCAUCUCCUCCUCUGACCUCGUCUCUAAAUGGCUUGGAGAAAGUGAGAAGCUAGUUAAAAGUCUCUUUUCCAUGGCACGAGAACACAAACCUUCAAUCAUCUUUAUUGAUGAAAUUGACUCUCUUUGUGGCUCACGAAGUGAAAAUGAGAGUGAAGCUGCCCGUCGUAUAAAGACAGAAUUUCUGGUGCAGAUGCAGGGAGUUGGAAAUGAUAAUGAUGGAGUACUUGUACUUGGAGCAACAAACAUACCAUGGACCUUAGAUUCAGCUAUUCGAAGAAGAUUUGAAAAGAGGAUUUACAUCCCACUGCCUGAGGAACAUGCACGUUCCUUCAUGUUCAAGCUCCAUCUGGGGUCCACCGCCAACAGUCUCACAGACUCAGACUUUGUAACGCUGGGCAAGAAGACAGAUGGUUACUCGGGGGCAGAUAUUAGUGUUAUUGUUCGAGACGCUUUGAUGCAGCCUGUUAGAAAGGUCCAGUCAGCAACGCACUUCAAAAAGGUGAGAGGGCCAUCAAGGGAUAACCCAGACAUGAUCAUAAAUGACCUUUUGACACCUUGUUCACCCGGUGAUCCCAAUGCCAUUGAAAUGACAUGGAUGGAAGUGCCAGGAGAGAAACUAUUGGAGCCAAUAGUGUGCAUGUCUGACAUGCUGAGAUCUCUCUCCAACACAAAGCCAACUGUAAAUGAUCAGGACCUUGGGAAGCUGAAAAAGUUCACAGAAGAUUUUGUCAAUACGGGUCGACUCCUCCUCCGGGAUCUGGACUACGCCACACCUUCUCCGUCCGCCGCCCAUAUCAAGCUGCGCUAUCCCCCCAGAAUCCGGCCCAGAAGCUAG